GUGAACACGUGCACGCGGGUUCAGCUCCUAGUGGCACAGCAGCUACUAGGAGCAUGAUUUAUAAAGGAUCCGACUGAAUGCUUAAGACUAAAGUUAAGGUGGGUGUGAGGACAAAAAAGGAAAGAGCAGACUCUUGGAACUGAGAAUGAGCAUCUCGGAAGCCUAAGCUUUGAAAGUGCAGGGACUCAGAGCUGUCCCGGGAAGGCAGGAAAAGCUCCGUUUCCAGCCUUUGGAGCAUGUGACACUGACUUACAACGGGCAUGCCAGUUUCAGCCUCAGAACUUUCGGUCCGACAAAGACGUGGAGAAAAUCCCUGAGGCUACCUGACCCGAGAGAGAUCGAAGCAGUGUCCGGAGGGAUCUGCACCCACUCGGGGCACGAUGAACUCCACUGUCCACCACGGCAUGCACACUUCUCUCCACUUCUGGAACCGCAGCACCUACGGACAGCACGCCAACGCCAGUGAGUCCCUUGGCAAAGGCUACUCUGAUGGAGGGUGCUAUGAGCAACUUUUUGUCUCCCCCGAGGUGUUUGUGACUCUGGGGGUCAUAAGCUUGUUGGAGAAUAUUCUGGUGAUCGUGGCAAUAGCCAAGAACAAGAAUCUGCAUUCACCCAUGUACUUUUUCAUCUGUAGCCUGGCUGUGGCUGAUAUGUUGGUGAGCGUCUCCAACGGCUCAGAAACCAUUGUCAUCACCCUGUUAAACAGCACGGAUACGGACGCACAGAGUUUCACCGUGAAUAUUGAUAAUGUCAUUGACUCGGUGAUCUGUAGCUCCUUGCUUGCAUCGAUUUGCAGCCUGCUUUCCAUUGCAGUGGACAGGUACUUUACCAUCUUUUAUGCUCUCCAGUACCAUAACAUCAUGACGGUUAGGCGGGUUGGGAUCAUCAUAAGUUGUAUCUGGGCGGCCUGCACGGUCUCGGGCAUUCUGUUCAUCAUCUACUCGGACAGCAGUGCUGUUAUCAUCUGUCUCAUCACCAUGUUCUUCACCAUGUUGGCUCUCAUGGCUUCUCUCUAUGUCCACAUGUUCCUCAUGGCCAGACUGCACAUUAAGAGAAUCGCGGUCCUCCCAGGCUCUGGCGCCAUCCGCCAAGGGGCCAACAUGAAGGGUGCAAUCACCCUGACCAUACUGAUUGGAGUCUUUGUUGUCUGCUGGGCCCCCUUCUUCCUCCACUUAAUAUUCUACAUCUCUUGUCCUCAGAACCCAUACUGUGUGUGUUUCAUGUCUCACUUUAACUUGUAUCUCAUCCUGAUCAUGUGUAAUUCCAUCAUCGACCCUCUAAUUUAUGCACUCCGGAGCCAAGAACUGAGGAAAACCUUCAAAGAGAUCAUCUGCUGCUAUCCCCUAGGCGGGCUUUGUGAUUUGUCUAGCAGAUAUUAAAUGGGGACAGAGGAGGUACUAAAACCAUGCAUCAGAGACUUCUUCACUCUCCCACAACCUGAACAAUGUGUUUCAACAACAGCUGCUUCUUCUGUGUAAGGCAUGAGUUGAGAAAAAUCUAUUGCCUAAAUUUAAGUUUAUUAUGUUUUCAUAUGAAAAAAGAAAU